GGGUGGAGAGAUGUUUCUUUUUUUUUGCCUGACAAAUGAUGAAAAACAGGGGAAGAAAAUACUUCACUCACAGCUAUCCUUCAGGGACUGAAGACAGAGACAAGAACCGGUGACCUUACGCGCGCACUGCACACUUUUCUGCAUGCGUUUCUUUUCUCUCUCUCUCUCUCUCUCUCUCUCUCUCUCUCUCUCUCUCUCUCUCUCUCUCUCUCUAUCAUUAGAAAUAACAAGCAUCUUGAGCAAUCAUAGUCACAAUCAUUAAACUCAUUGCCUUUGUGAUCAUUGAGUAAAAGUGUUUUGCAGAUAUGGCCCCAGGGGGGAUUCUAACUGUAUGACUGCAGAGAAGUGACGCCUGCAUCCAGAUGUUUCAUGUUUCCCCCGCGCGCUCUUUGGAAAAGGUCUGCUCGCAGAGGAAAGACAUCUUAAACGUACAGUUCAAGGUCCAUGUUACCAGAUUGAGGUUAAAAAGACGACGAAGACUAUGUCUUUUGCAGAAAGUGGUUGGAUUUGAAUCCAGGCUUCCCAUUGUUUUCCGUCUGGAGAAUGCAGAGCAGCAAACUAAGGACGCUCAUGCUGCUGGAGCUGUAUUUGCUCUGGGUCUUCGCGCUUUCCGUGCACGGGCACUCCAGUCCACAGCACGAGAAUGUGAUCGACCUUCUGGCAGCUCUAAACAUGUCCCACCACAUAAGCGGUGUGGCCAAGCUGCAGAGUCCCAGCAGUGUCAUAUACAAGCUACGUCCCAGAGCAACCUUCCUGACUCUUCCUCGUGAAUAUUCCCACUUCUUGUACUCCAACCUUCAGGGCAGCAUGGGGGUGCAUCUGGUUGGGCAUCAGGCGUCUGGCUCCAGUGCCACUCUUUUUUCUAUCUCCUCGGCAUCCUCACCCGUUCUCCAAAUCAUCUCUUCCACCCUCGAUAACACACUGCGUUUGGACUAUCAGGCUGGAGGAGAAGCUCAGAGCCUUGCCAGCUAUUACUUCCCCAGGAGGAACCCUUUCUCCAGGGAGGAGUGGGUACAGUUGGCUUUGAGCCUAGAGACUAACAGGCUGGCAUUUUUUGUUGACUGUCAAGAAGCUGUGGUUAUACCAUUAAAAAGUGAAGAGAGAAUCAACCUGAAACUACCUCAAGAUGCUUUUGUUACUCUUGCCAGCACACCAGGGAAGAAAGACAGCAAAUUUAGUGGGUAUUUGAAGACAGCUGAGAUUUCAAUGAAAGCAUAUCUAAGGAGGCCAUGGCUCUGUGACAAUGUUACAGAUGUUCUGCCUCCAUCUAAGUAUGCAGAUAGCCAUAGCUCAGAUUCUCGGACUGACAGCAAUCGAACGUUGCAGCAGGAUGCAGCCCCCAGUAAACCUGAAAAAAGCCGCAGGCCAACGGAGCAAACCAACCAUUAUCCCCAGGACGUCCAGAGUGACCAGCUGCGGAGAGGUGUGAUGAUGGGGCCCCCGGGAUCUCCUCAAGGGGUGAAGUCUGUUUCUCCGGCACAGAAAGAUGACAGGCUAAAGAAGCUUGAUAAGAGGCUGGAGGAGCUGGCUCGUAUGCUGGACAUGGUCAAAACCCAGAAUGCAGACCUACAGUCUCGCGUACAAUACCUAGAGGGAUGUGAGUGCGUGAGGCAGCGAUGUGUAUGGGAGGGCCGUGAAGUGGAGGAUGGCCAGCACUGGCAGAUAGACCUCAACACUGUGUGUACGUGCACAUCUGGAAAGGUCACAUGCCAAGCUAACAUCAAAGGGUGUGAGCUGGAUGGUACAGUUCAUAAUGUGUCCUACAAUAUAGAUGGCUGUCAGACAUGCACGUGUAAGGGGGGUAACAGGGAAUGCUUUCCCCAACCCUGCCCUUCACUGGACUGCACACACAAGGAGACUGCACCUGGGGACUGCUGCCAGCGGUGCAGAGGCUGUACCCAUUCUGGUGUCCAGUAUGACCACAAAGCCAAGUGGAGGCCACUAGAGAAUCCCUGUGAUGUCUGCCACUGUUUGGAGGGUCACGUUCGCUGUGAGAGGGAGCGGUGUAACACCCCAUGUAAAUUCCCAUCUGCUCCUCCACCCAAUACAUGCUGUCCAGCGUGUCAUGGCUGUGGUGUGAACGGACUUGACUUUCCUAAUGGAGCUGUGAUCCCUACUGGAGACCGUUGUCAAGAGUGCACAUGUGUGAAUGGAAAUGUGGCUUGUUCACCCCUUCCCUGUCCAGACUUGUCUUGUCGAAACCCUGUGCAUCGGGCCGGAGAAUGUUGCCCACGGUGUGAGCAGUGUGAAUAUGAGUCUAAGGUGUAUGUUGAUGGACAGAAGUUCCCCUCCAGGAGAGAUCCCUGCCUCCACUGCCACUGCUCUGCAGGUGAAAUUUCUUGUGAGCGUGUGGAUUCAUCAUGUCCCACACUGAGCUGCAGUCAUCCAGCUAAGCGCAAAGGAGAGUGUUGUCCCACAUGCGAUGAAUGUGAGUUUGACAGGAGGGUGUAUGCUGAUGAAAAGGUGUUCACCCCUGCUGGAAAUGGACCCUGCUUGCAGUGCAGGUGUAAGGGUGGGAAUGUAAUUUGCCGUGAAGAGAAAUGUCCACCUGUUCAGUGCUCCAACCCCAUUAUAGACCCACAUCUAUGCUGUCCAAUCUGCAAAGCGUGUGUGUUGGAGGGUGUAGAAUAUGAGGAAGGCUCCAACUGGCAGCCUGAGGGUCUCUGCUCCAUCUGCACUUGUGUGAAUGGAGAAACGCUGUGUGCACACACACACUGCCCCCCCACCGAGUGCUUGCAUCCCAGCAAGAUCCCUGGCUCCUGUUGUGCAGUGUGUGAAAGCUGCACCUAUAACCAUCGUAUCUAUAGCAACGGCCAGAGAUUUAUGACCCCUGACCACCCCUGUCACAUCUGCACAUGUGAGCGUGGCAGCGUAGAGUGUGAGAGGAGACCUUGUCCUCCACUCAACUGUUCCAACUCAUACACACCACCUGGAGAGUGCUGCCCUAAAUGUCCAGAUUGCUCCUUUGAAAACCGCAUAUUUGUUGAUGGAGAGGCUUUUCAUAACCCUGUGAGUGUGUGUGAGGAGUGUAAGUGUGUGAGCGGCCAGAUUGACUGCCACCAAGCACAAUGCCCUCAUCCUCACUGUAAUGCACCUCGACCUGGAAUGUGUUGUCAGAACAACUGCAAUGGCUGCAGCUAUACUGGGAAAGAGUAUCCCAAUGGAGAGGAGUUCCCCCAUCCCACUGACACAUGCAGGACAUGCAGCUGCAUAAAUGGGAAUGUCCAGUGUCUGAUGAAGAGGUGUCCACCGCUGCCGUGCUCCAACCCAAAUGUGCUGCCUGGAGACUGCUGCCCCCAGUGUCCUGCUCCUCCAUCAGAUUGUGUGUACGAACAACAACCUUACAGACACACUGAGCGUUUCUACCACCCAACUGACAACUGUCGAACAUGUACCUGCACCAAUGGGACAGUUCAUUGUCAGCGCAGGCCCUGCUCCUUCGCUCCAUGUUCUCACCCCAUCACACAGCAGUGCUGCCGCACCUGCGAAGGCUGUCUGUAUGAGGGUCGUGAGCGAGCUAAUGGGGAGACGUGGGAUGACGCAUCAGAUCCAUGUGCAGCAUGUGUUUGCCGUGAGGGCUCUGUCCGGUGUGAGAGGAAGCGCUGUCCACCGUCCAACUGUAACAACCCUGUCCAGAGACAGUGCUGCAUGUCCUGUGAUGGCUGCCUCUUUCAUGGUAAAGAAUACCCUGAUGGCACUGAGUUUGGUGAUGACAAAGACCCAUGUGGCGUAUGUUACUGUUACGGAGGCGAAGUCAUCUGCUCCAAAAUACCCUGUUAUGGAGAGUGCAGCCACCCAUACAAACCACCCGGACAAUGCUGUGGAGAAUGUGAACGCUGUUUCUAUAAUAGCGCAGUCCUCGCAAAUGGGCAGUCAAUCCCUGAUCCAGGAAACCUCUGCUCUGAAUGUACCUGCCAGAGCGGUUCGGUGCGAUGUAUGAAAAUGUCAUGUCCAGCAGCUCGCUGUCCUCACCCGGUCACCAAUCCAUGUGGCUGCCCUGUCUGUGAUGGUUGUCAAUUCCAAGGUGUGACCUAUGUUGACAGACAGAUCCUUCCAGGAGGAGAGGGAGGGUGCCAGGACUGCACAUGCUCAAGAGGUGAAGUGGUGUGUACACACAGAAAAUGCCCUGCUGUGUCAUGUCCACACCCGGCUCUGGAUGGCUGUGCAUGUGGAGUGUGUGACGGGUGCACCUUUCAUGGACGAGGCUGUUUCAACGGAGAACGAUUUCCACACCCUACAGACCACUGCCAGCUCUGCCUUUGUCUGAACGGUGGUGUGGUGUGUAUGCACAUAUCUUGUCCAAGUGUUGCCUGUGUGCGUCCAGUGACUCCUCCUGGGGAGUGCUGCCCUGUCUGCACAGGGAUUUGUCUUCAUCAGGGGAACGAGUAUCAGUCCGGCUCCUCCUUCACUUCUCCCUCUGAUCCCUGCUCGUCAUGCUCCUGUGUGAAUGAGGUGGUGAACUGUCAGAAGAGACCUUGUCCAGUCCGGUGCACCCACCCGGUCCCUUCAGACACCUGCUGCCCCAUCUGUGACUCCUGUCUGUAUGAGGGUGUUGUCCAGUCUCACAGUCACGCCUUCUCACCUUCCUCCAACCCAUGCCAGCGCUGUACUUGUGUCAAAGGCACCGUCACCUGUGUGCCCCUGGUUUGCCCACCAACACUAUGUGUCCGACCAAUUACCAAGCCAGGACAGUGCUGUCCUGAGUGCACAGUGUGUAGGCUUGAUGGACAGGAGUUCAAUGACGGGCAGACAUGGACCCUGAGUUCAAACCACUGCUCCACCUGUACUUGCCAGGGAGGUGAGGUGCAGUGUGCUUCUCCCGAGUGUCCCAAGCUGCCUUGUAUGCAUCAGGUGACUGAUCCAGGAGCCUGUUGUCCUCGCUGUAGAGGUUGUGUGUAUGGAGGAGAGGUGCAUACCGAGGGCAGCAGCUGGUUCGCAGACUCCACUCCCUGUAUGACGUGUAUGUGUGUGGACGGGGUGACCACCUGCUCUGAAGUUCGCUGUGUAUCUCCCUGUAUCAACUUCAUCAGCGUGCCCGGGGAGUGCUGCCCUCUGUGUGCUGACUGUGUAUUAGAUGGCAGAGUGUAUGGUCCAGGGGACAGUUUCCAUCCAGCCAAUGACCCCUGUCAAAUUUGCACUUGCGAGGUGAUGCCGGACGGACAGCAACACCUGAGGUGUUACCGAAAGCAGUGUCCCAGUCUGGUCGACUGUCCUAAGAGCAACAUCCUGUUUUCUGGGCCAGACUCCUGCUGUCCUGUCUGUGCACAGCCUCUAAGUAACUGCACCGCUGCGCUGAUUGGCAACGAGGUAUUGGCGACAGAUGACCCUUGUUUUACCUGCCAGUGCCAGGACCUGACAUGGACCUGUUUACACCAAAACUGCCUCCCACUUACGUGUCCUCUUAAUGAACAGUUUGUUUCUCCACACUCAUGCUGCCCUGUGUGUAAAGAUUGUGUGAUUGAGGGCCAGAACAGACGCGUGGCCAACGGUAGCAGCUGGACAGACAGCGACGACGACUGUGUCACAUGUACCUGUAACUUGGGCCAUAUUGAGUGCAACAUUGAAGAGUGUUUACCUGCAGUUUGUCUGAGUGGGCAGAAACAAGUGAAGAUUCCAGGGAGAUGCUGCAGUGAAUGCCAAGACUCAGGGGCAUCAUGUUUGCACCAGGGAACAGUGUAUAACUCUAACGAACAGUGGGAGGUGGAUGAGUGCACGAGCUGUACAUGUGUGUCUGGAGAUGUACACUGUCACAGUGAACGCUGCCCUCCACUCACCUGUGCAACAGAUGAAAUGCCAGUCAUUGUCCCAGGUUUGUGUUGUCCACAUUGCCUUCCUCGACCAGCCACCUGCAUUGCUUUUGGCGAUCCUCAUUAUCGCACCUUUGAUGGCCGCAUGCUGCAUUUCCAAGGAGCGUGCACAUACGUCCUGGCCCAGGACUGUGAGGGUGGAGACUUUAGUAUUCAUGCCACUAACGAUGAUCGUGGGCGUAAAGGAGUGUCCUGGACCAAAGAGGUGACUGUGUUUAUAGGAGACAUCACAGUGCAGCUACUCCAGGACUGGGUUGUGAAGGUGAAUGAGGAGGUUGUGACUUUGCCAUUCCUCAGAGAACCAUACAUCUAUGUAGAACGACAAACUAACACCAUCCUACUCAACACUAACAUCGGGUUAAAGGUACUGUGGAGUGGGCGUUCACAUUUGGAAGUGAGUGUGCCAGGCUCCUAUAAGGGCCAUACAUGUGGCCUCUGUGGAAACUUCAACAACUACUACCAGGAUGACCUGCGAAUGCCCAGUGGACAACUCACCCUAUCCGAGUCUGACUUUGGCAACAGCUGGAAGGUCACAAAUGGUAGCCACUCCCUCUCAUCCUGUCGCCCCGGUGAGGAUGUCGACCCCUGUAAAGACGCAGGCUACCAGGCCAAGAAGGGGGCUAACGCUCGCUGUAAGCUCCUGAAGUCUGCUGUGUUUAAGCCCUGCCAUAACGUGGUGCCUCCUGAACCGUGGUACGGGGCCUGUGUUUACGACCUCUGCGCCUGCGGGGCCAAUAGUGAUGAGUGUCUGUGUGACACACUGGAGGCUUACGCCAGUCAGUGCAGAGAGGCUGGAGUUAUCCUGCAAUGGAGGAGCUCAUCCCUCUGUGCUGUGGGAUGUCCAGUGGAGAGGGGCUUUGUGUUUGACGAGUGCGGACCCCCGUGCCCCGUAACCUGCUUUAACGUUGACGUACCGCUGGGGGUUGUAGAGAGCCACUGCUUCAAGCCCUGUGUCCCAGGCUGCCAGUGUCCUGCUGGUCUGGUUCUUCACAACAACUACUGCAUACAGCGAGAAAAGUGCCCCAAGAUCAUUCAUGGAAACCCCCUAUAAUUCUUGGACUGCUCACUUUAAGUGGGCACUUUGUUGUAUGCACACACAUGCACUGUCCCCUCUAAUACUCUUCAAUUCACUCAAAGACUGCAUAAACCUUCUGUUACUGUAUGUUUAAAGUUAGAAAUGGAAACAAACAGAGAAACCUCCAUGAGCUGUGGAUUUAACAUUUGAAAGAAGUGAAAUACUGCAUUUUAGUGUUUUUAUCAACAUUGUUAUACGUAGCACUGAAUAUUUAUACUACACAAAGUUUUUUUUUUAAUAUUGGUAUUGUCUCUACCUGGUUUUUUUUACACAUUUAUGAUAAUGUCCACAGCUUUUGGAGUAUUGUGCCAGUAUUAUUUACUACAAAAAGAGCAUUUGUUUAUUACAGGUUUAUUUCAGCACUGUGCCUAACUGUAAAUGCAGUAAGCCACAUUAUCUCAGGUACUCUUUUUUUUGCUCUCCAUUGUACAAAUAAACAAAGGCUUCACUAA